GCGCCCACCGCCGAGGGCGAGUGCCUCCGGCGGAUCGCGUCGCUGGAGCGGCGGCUGGCGCGGGAGAGGCGGCUGAUGGCCAGCGUGCGGGCCGGGGAGGCGGCGGCCCUCUUCGACGAGAGCGACAUGGGCUUCGCCGCGGAGGUGGAGGAUGAGCACGGCGACGACGCGGGCCUCCUGGAGCCCCCUGAGGGUGACGAAGGUGGCGUCGAGGGUGCUGGGGCUGACGAGCACGGAGAGGAAGAGGGCGAAGCUCUCGGCGGCCACGGCGAGGAGGAGGGCGGCCACGGCGAGGAGGAGGGCAAGGGUCACCACAGCCACGGCGAGGAGGAGGGCGAGGGGCAGUGGUACGCCCAGGACGAGGAGGAGGAGGAGGAGAAAUACAGCGAGACAGACAUCGCGAUGUCCAAGGUCCUGCUCGGCAGUUUCGCGCUGGUGAUGCUCAUCAUAUACUUCGUCAACUGGGAGGACGACGACGUCAAGCUUUAUUCCUGGAUGAUGGUGAGCAACACGAUCUGCAUUUUUGUUGCGGUCCUCAUCUUCUCGUGCAUCCACGAGUUCGUGCUCGCGAGCGUGGGGGCCGAGGACUUGCACAGCUCCGGGUGGUAUAUUGUGAUGGUCUAUGCCAUGCUCGUGGCGUGGUACGUCAUGCUGAACGUCAUCGUGGCCCUCAUCGCCAACGAGAUCUGGCCGUUCCCGCACGACGGAGCGCUGGACGAG